UACGAAUGAGGCUGUAAUUGUAUUGGUCGAAGAACUGACCAAACAAACUCAACUCUUCAAAAUUUUCCUCUCUAACUUCCUCCGCUCCCUCGUCGCCGUCGUCGCCGGCGGUUCCUGCCAUCUCCCCCACCACAAUAAAUCAGGCCGCGAGGGAGACGAUGACGUCAUCCAUCCUGAAUUUCUCAAUCCGCGCAAGAUUCACGCUGAUUCCUCUCCUCACUGCUCUCCUCACGCUCGUCAUCUGCGUCUCUUCGAAUCCAGGAGUGUUCAACGUCAAGUACCGUUACCCUAGGCUCCAAGGCUCCCUCAGCGCCUUAAAAGAGCACGAUGACAAGCGCCAGCUCACAAUUCUCGCCGGAAUCGAUCUUCCUCUCGGUGGAACCGGUCGCCCUGACAUCCUAGGGUUGUAUUAUGCGAAAAUUGGAAUUGGAACACCAGCGAAGAGUUAUUACGUGCAAGUGGACACAGGGAGUGAUAUCAUGUGGGUUAACUGUAUUAUGUGCAAAGAGUGUCCCAAAAAAAGCAAUCUUGGUAUUGAGCUGACACUGUACGACAUUGAGGAAUCAGAGAGCGCGAAGUUGGUUUCAUGUGAUGAAGAAUUUUGCAAUCAGAUUAGUGGUGGUCCGCUCACUGGCUGCAAAGCUAAUAUGUCGUGUCCUUAUCUUGAGAUUUAUGGAGAUGGGAGCUCUACUGCUGGCUAUUUUGUGAAAGAUGUUGUGCAGUAUGAUAGUGUUGCUGGGGAUCUCAAGACUAAAACGGCUAAUGGGAGUGUUAUAUUUGGGUGUGGUGCUAGGCAGUCAGGAGAUCUUGACGCUUCUAAUGAAGAAGCACUUGACGGAAUACUUGGGUUUGGAAAAGCUAAUUCCUCAAUGAUUUCCCAGCUAGCGUCAUCUGGAAGAGUGAAAAAGAUAUUUGCUCAUUGCUUAGAUGGAAGAAAUGGAGGUGGUAUAUUUGCCAUUGGACGUGUUGUACAACCAAAAGUAAACAUGACACCACUGGUACCCAAUCAGCCACACUACAAUGUCAACAUGACAGCAGUUCAAGUUGGUCAGGAGUUUCUAGAUAUCCCAGCUGAUUUAUUUCAACCGGGAGACAGAAAAGGAGCAAUAAUUGAUAGUGGUACAACCUUGGCCUAUCUUCCAGAGAUAAUCUAUGAACCAUUGGUGGAGAAGAUAACCUCGCAGGAGCCUUCUCUGAAGGUUCACAUAGUUGAUAAAGAUUACAAAUGCUUUCAGUACUCUGGAAGAGUUGAUGAGGUGUUUCCAAAUGUCACCUUCCAUUUCGAAAACUCGGUUUUCCUCAGGGUUUAUCCUCAUGACUAUCUGUUCCCUUAUGAAGGAAUGUGGUGUAUUGGUUGGCAAAAUAGUGGAAUGCAAUCAAGAGAUAGGAGAAACAUGACACUUUUGGGAGAUUUGGUCCUAUCAAACAAGCUUGUUCUCUACGAUCUUGAAAAUCAGCUCAUCGGGUGGACUGAGUACAACUGCUCAUCAAGCAUCAAAGUUAAAGAUGAAGGAACAGGAACAGUUCAUCUAGUCGGCUCACAUUUUAUCUCUUCUGCAAUUCCUUUAGAUACCUCUUUGCUUCUACUUUCGUUACUUCUUCUCAUGACUCUUUUCCUCCUUUAGUAGACACAACUUAUAGUUUCUCUUUUGUAUAUAGAUUCAACAUAUAUUGCUUGCGCAAAUGGUAAAAAAUUGGUCUGGGUAUAGAUAUAAUACAAAGAAAACCAGCAGAUUGCCAG